UAUGUUUCGCCUCCAAUUUAUUCAUUUCAAAAAUAAGGAACUGAAUCUGCACUAAUCAAAGAAAAUCAUUCAUCUUAUUAUGAGAAUAUAUUAAACAUUAAUUACAUAACUUUGAUAAUUAUAUUAUUAAAAUAAACUUAUCUUUACACAAUGUCUGAAGAAUCGGAAUCUUGCGAUAUUAAUUCGAAAAAAUCUAAUUUUAUAUGUGAAUGGUGUGGUAAAAUAUUUUAUGGUAGUUCUAACCUAAAUAAACAUUAUCGUGUGCACAGUGAGCAACAUCCACAUGCAUGCGGUGUUUGCGAUCAAAAAUUUGCAAGGAGAUCUGAUUUAAAAAAACAUUAUGCACUUCAUAAAGAGGGAAAGCCCCAUGUUUGUGGCGUAUGCAGUACGGGAUUUUCUGAUCUAUCAGCUUUAAAAAGACACUGUCUCAUUCAUACAGAUGAAAAGAAUUUUAAAUGUAACUUCUGUGACAGAGCAUUUUUUAAAAAGUCUGGAUUAGAUCAACAUUUACUUACCCAUACAAAAGAAAGAAACCAUAUUUGUGAGUUUUGCGGAAAGGCAUUUUCUAGAAAGUUUCAUUUGACUAGUCACUAUCGUAUUCAUACCCAGGAAAAACCAUAUGUAUGUGAUAUAUGUAAUAAAAGUUGUUCUAGAAAGUCUGACUUGAAUAUACAUUACCAAACCCAUUUGCAACCAUAUUCAUGUGAACUUUGUGGCAAAUUAUUUUCACGGAAAAUUCUCCUCGAUAAACAUUACCCCAAGCAUACUGAAAAAGUAGAACAAAUUCAUGCCUGUGAUAUUUGUGCCAAAACUUUCUCGAGAAGGACUCUUUUAAAAAAGCAUUAUUAUAUUCAUAUGCCUGAAAACUUGCACAAGUGUAAAGUAUGUGAUAAAUCAUUUUCUCAGCAAUCACAAUUAAAUUCUCAUUGUUUAACUCAUUCACGAGAAUACACUUUAGAAUCUAAUGUGUGUGAAUCACUUGUUAAAACUUCUCAACCACAAACUGAUAUUGUUAUCCAAACACCACUAAAAUCUCAUGCAUGUGAGUUUUGUGGUAAAUUCUUUGCUAAAAAAUCGACACUUACCAGACAUAAAAAUGUUCAUACACAAGAUAAAAAUUUUGUUUGUGAAGUGUGUGGUAAAGAAUUUCUCAGAAAACUGAGUUUUAUGGGCCAUUUUAAACGAAUGCAUGGCAGUCUGGUGAGCUCUGUGCCCUGAUGCCAUCAGAUGACCCUGAAAAUCAUUAAGUCUCACUAUCAUGAAAACUAUCUAUCAUAUCAGUAUUCAUACUAAUAAUUGCAUAUAUACAUAGUUCUUAAAAAAUAUUAAGAUGUCUGUGCUUUAAUAUAUUGAUUCCUAUUUUUGGUCUGAAGUUAAUUUUAAAAAUUAGAUUAUAAAUUUUUAAAUAUGUGUUACAUUAACAUUUUUGUACCCCAAUGCUUUAUACCACAAGGGCUUCCUAUGGCCAAAUGUUACUCGCAGAUUUAGUUUAUAUGCUAAAAGAUAUAUGCUAUCUUUAUAAUAUAAUAGAAACUAUGAAUAACACAUUCUAACUCUGUGGAUAGAGUUAGGAUAUGUUAUGCAAACUACAACAAUGUGUAAAAAAAACUCCUAAAAUCACUUAUCUAUAUCUGAAUUUUGGAAAAUUCAGGUUAGUGAAUUUCAUUUAGGAAAUCAUAUAAUAGUCCCAUAAAGGAACAGUGUUUACAUUUAAGAAUUAUGAAAUUGUUGAGCUUUUCAUUGUUGUGGUG